AUGGACGCCGUUGUUCAAACCAGAGGCCUUCUCUCUCUCCCCACCAACCCCAGAAACAGGGUUUUGCACGCACCACACGCCCUCAAACACCGUUUCCUCUCUCUCAAACCCAAACCCCUCUCUCUCAAACCCCUCGCCGCCAAUCCACUGUCUCUCCCACCAAAACCUAACCCCUUCGGCCCAAAGCCCAAAUCUUUGUUCCUCUGCCGGGCCGAGGCCGCCGCCGCCGCCGAUGGGCCCGCCUUGGACGACGCCGAGAAGCCCAAGCUCCUGGGAAUCGAAAUCACCACGCUCAAGAAAAUCAUCCCCUUGGGCAUGAUGUUCUUCUGCAUCCUCUUCAAUUACACCAUUCUCCGUGACACCAAGGACGUUCUCGUCGUCACGGCGCGUGGGAGCAGCGCGGAGAUUAUUCCCUUUCUCAAAACCUGGGUGAAUCUUCCCAUGGCCGUUGGGUUCAUGCUUCUCUACACCAAGUUGGCCAAUGUUUUGUCAAAGCAAGCUCUUUUCUACUCUGUCAUUCUUCCAUUCAUCGCUUUCUUUGGGGCUUUUGGCUUCGUUUUGUACCCUCUCAGCAACUAUAUUCACCCUGAGGCCUUUGCCGACAAGCUUCUCAACAUCCUCGGACCCAGGUUCCUUGGCCCCCUCGCGAUCAUGAGGAUUUGGAGCUUUUGUUUGUUCUAUGUCAUGGCUGAGUUGUGGGGGAGUGUCGUCAUUUCUGUUCUCUUUUGGGGUUUUGCCAAUCAGAUAACUACCGUUGAUGAAGCAAAACGAUUCUACCCACUGUUUGGACUUGGGGCCAAUGUAGCCCUUGUGUUCUCUGGCCGGACAGUGAAAUACUUUUCUAAUCUGAGGCAGAAUUUAGGUCCUGGAGUUGAUGGUUGGGCCAUCUCUCUAAAAGCAAUGAUGAGCAUAGUCGUGGGUAUGGGGUUGGCAAUCUGUUUCCUGUACUGGUGGGUGAAUAAUUAUGUUCCUCUUCCUACACGUAGCAAGAAGAAGAAGGAGAAGCCCAAGAUGGGAACCAUGGAGAGCUUGAAGUUCUUGGUGUCUUCAAAAUACAUCAGAGAUCUUGCCACUUUAGUUGUUGCUUACGGAAUCAGCAUCAAUCUUGUCGAGGUUACUUGGAAGUCUAAGCUCAAAGCUCAGUUUCCAAGCCCCAAUGAGUACUCAUCUUUUAUGGGUGACUUCUCAACUGCAACUGGAAUUGCCACGUUCACAAUGAUGCUUGUCAGCCAAUUUAUAUUUGACAAAUAUGGAUGGGGAGUUGCUGCCACGAUCACCCCCACGGUCCUGCUUUUGACAGGAGUCGGUUUCUUUUCUCUUCUAUUGUUUGGGGCCCCUCUUGCACCUAGUCUUGCGCAGUUUGGAAUGACUCCACUACUAGCAGCUGUAUACGUGGGUGCCCUGCAGAACAUAUUUAGCAAGAGUGCCAAGUACAGCUUAUUUGAUCCCUGCAAAGAAAUGGCCUACAUUCCAUUGGAUGAGGAUACCAAGGUUAAAGGGAAGGCAGCCAUUGAUGUUGUGUGCAACCCAUUGGGGAAAUCUGGAGGUGCCCUUAUUCAGCAAUUUAUGAUCUUAACUUUUGGGUCACUAGCUAAUUCAACCCCAUACUUGGGAGGAGUGCUUCUGCUGAUUGUUACUGCUUGGCUAGCAGCAGCCAAAUCCUUGGAUACCCAGUUUACUGCAUUGCGAAAAGAGGAAGAACUUGAGAAAGAAAUGGAAAGAGCAGCUGCUGUUAAGAUACCUGUAGUGGCUGAGAAUGAGGGUGGAAAUGGUUCUCUUGCACCAUUAAAUCCAGCCUCAGGUGACUCCUCAAGUAGUCCAUCUGAAGCCUCAUCUCCUCGCAAUGUUUAAAAAUGUGCUUCUUUCUGUGGGAAAUUGCCUCACAGAUCGAAACAAGUAGAGCUCUUUUGAGAGCAGUGUUAGGUGAAACUAUUUGUUGUAGGUUUAUUUAUACAUAAGCUCUUUUACAGAAUAAGCUUGCUAGCUACUUUCUCAAGUCACAUAAUUUUUUUGUCCCCAUAGAUCAGAUGAAUUUCUUUACUUGAUAUAAUGGUUUACUGUUUAGUGAACCGCAUUUGUUUUCCUAUGAAAGAAAGAAGUCGUUUCAGUGUUCUGUAAUCUGUAUUUCACUAUUUCUAGUAUGCCCUUGAUUUCUAGUUGUUUGCA